AUGCGAACCCUUGAGGAGACAAGGAAGAGAUGGGAGACAUUGUUCCUUGGGCGUGACACCCCCUCUGACCUGCGGGCAGCAUUGCGUGCGGAGCAAGGAGGAAAGGUGUGCACCGAUGGACUGAGAUCGAUAUGCUGGAAGGUGUUUUUGCUAUUUGAGAGUGUCGAGCGCGAACAAUGGUCCCAGAAGCUUGCCGAGUCGCGAGAGGCGUACAGCGCCUUGCGUGCCCAUUUUCUGAAAUAUAUCGAACACCCCGAUGAUCUGGAGUCGACAGUCGAUCCGCUGGCGGACGAUGAGGAGUCUCCCUGGCAAACCCUCCGAAACGAUGAAAAGCUACGGGCUGAAAUCGUGCAAGAUGUCGACCGUUGCCUCCAAGAGAAUUUCUUUUUCCAGGAGCCCUCAACGAAGCAGAAGUUGACCGAUGUCUUGUUUGUUUACUCGAAACUCAAUCCGGACGUUGGCUAUAGACAGGGCAUGCACGAACUGCUGGCUCCCAUUCUGUGGGUCAUUGAUAGGGAUUCGGUUGAGCGCCCAGCUCCGGAUACACCUAGUUCUACUUGUAAGGAGGAUUGCCUGAUGCUGGAUCUCCUUGAUCCCCGCUUUGUGGAGCAUGACUCCUUUACGCUAUUCCUCAGUGUUAUGCAGACAGCUCGCACAUAUUACGAACAUGGCGAGACAAAGUCUUCAAAUGGCCAGGUGGAUGUGAUUCCGAUUGUCAACAGGUGCCAAUACCUACACCAAGAGGCCCUGACAAUUAUCGAUCACGAAUUGGCAGAUCACCUUCAGACGGUGGAAGUGCUACCGCAGAUCUUCUUAACUCGUUGGAUGCGUCUGCUGUUUGAACGAGAAUUUCCAUUCGAUGAUGUCCUAGAGAUGUGGGAUUUACUGUUCGCACACGGGCUACGAUCCGACCUGGUGGAUUUUACAUGCAUUGCAAUGCUGCUUCGCAUUCGCUGGGAAUUACUUAAAGCCGAUUACUCUGGCGCACUGUCAAUGUUACUACGCUACCCACCGUCUGAACCACACUCACCGCAAGCUUUUGUGCAUGAUGCACUCUAUCUCGAACAGAACCCGACAGCCGAGCGGGGCAGUUUUCUCAUUUCAAAGUACUCGGGCAGACCCCCUGAGUCAUCUAAGCGUCGCAGUCGCUCUGGAAUCCGGCCGGCCAUGAAGGCCCAGCUUUGGGAGGACUUCAAGGGCCGCAGCGAAAGCAGCUCACCGGGCUCCUCUCCCGCACGGAACAGUCCCAAAAGUCUGGAGGCACUUUUCCAAGACGUUUCCCAAGGCAUCCAACGCCGUACCGAGUCUUGGGGAGUGGCUAAAGCAGUCCGAGGGGCCGUGACUGAAGCUCGGAAAAAUAUGCAGACCAUGCAUUACGAGCCAGGGCCUCGAUUUUCCGCCGCACAUCCAAAGCCAGUCUCUACCAUAGCCGUCAACGGCGCGCCGCAGAGACCAACGCCCACCGAGCUCGGGUUACAAACAAAGAUCGAUCGGCUGGAAGAACGAAACCAAGUACUAGCGACUAUCUUGAGCGAGGCCUUAAAGGAUCUUCGUAUGCAGCUAGACACGGUGAAGGACAUGGAUGCAAGUGUCAACGAUACGGUCAAGCAUGCCCUCGAUCGAGUACAAUCCGUGCAGAGCUGCCUCGAGGACUCUAUGCUCCCACCUCUAAUAGGGUCUGCCUCUCAUCCCGCUACUGUAGAUCCGGUAGCAUCUCAAUCGGCGCCAUUGGUCUCAAAGACUGCCAACGAUCUCAACCCGUCAGAAGUGGCCGAAAAGCAGGAUCAGCAAGACGUACGACCAUCCCGUCUCACGGAUGCCCCCGGCGCGAACAUGAAUAGUGGGACUGCGAAAGCUCUCGGUAUCGCCACGAAUACUGUGACGACCACCGAGGGGCAUGCCGAUGCUGUGCGGGAAGGCCCCCGGACAGCAGUGCGACCAUCCCUAUCGGAUGCAGGGUUCUCCUGGAUGUUGGGAGGCAACCGGAAUCUUUCAACCUUUGUCAGCCCGGCCUCAGUGCCUCCGGAGCAGACGCGACAUCAGGAACAACCUCGCAGCAAAGGCAGCAGUCCUCUAUUCGGCAACCAUGGGGAUGAGCACCCCCGGGCAGACGAAGUCGAGCACGACGAACUGGCCCUGCACAGUUUGUCUGGUACUCGAGGGCCGCUGUAA